AUGACCCAACUGGCUAUCCUUGGGACACUCGUAGAUGAGCUAUUAGAAUCAAUUAUAGAUGCGCCUACAAAUCUAUCUAAAGGCGUGAAAGAAGCUGUACCUGGUCGGGACUCACACAACUAUCGUGGUACAACAAAAUCCCACCCUCGGAAAGAACAGAUUCUUAGAACGUUACGAAACCGUGAAUGGGCUCGAACAAACCCUUUUGAUGUUUACAGCCGGUUAGAUGGAUUGGAUGAAAAAUUUCGUGUCUAUGGCCAGGAUUUCUUGGCUAAUGCUCUCUAUGACCAGCGGAGGAAAAUUGAAGAGAUCAGCCCCCAAUGGGCGCCAGAAAUACUGCAUUUUAUCCUAGAGUUAUCAGAGAGGUCUCCGACGACUCUAACCCAUGGGGAUAUAGCACUCGCUCGAGAGCUACCAUCAGAACCUACUCCUCCCUUGCGCUGGGAAGAUCUACGCCUCGAAGAUCCUUUGCUUCGGGAUGAAAUUGUAUGGCAGAACGUGAGCUUCUCAGACGAGAGUACAGACGGUGAGGACGAAUUCAGAGACAGUGUGAAUAGUACAGAGGGCCCCGACAAAGUCCAAAAUUACAGUCGAGGUGAUAAUUCUUAUAUUCGCCUGGAGGAUUUUGAAGUGAAAACAAAUGAUCAGAAAGGCUUCCAGGAAGUCAUUGAUUCCCAAUUUUGGCGAUCCUUGAAUACUCACUUGAUGAGGCCGGAAGUUUCGGAAAAAAAGGUUAUAACCGAGGUACAAGCAGCUCGGGAAGUGCUCUUUUUAUACAGUGGGUAUCCAACAUCUUUAUUUCAAGUGACAAAAUAUGAAGACAAAGCGACUAUUAAUAUUUCAGAUAUUUAUUCACUCAAUCAUAUCUCACAAGAUACAUUCUUCAGCCUACUCAGAUCGUUUACAAACCAAGCUUCUGCAGUUCUGAACCUGCGUGUAUGGGUCGCCUGCUCACAAAAAGCACCCCUGAUACAAGUAUUUCAGCUUUUCAUUCAGGAUAAGCUGUUAGAAUUAGAUACGUACCUGAGCCAGAUCCAGCAGAGGUUGAUAGAUCCAGUGGAAGAUGUGGUUGUGAGCCUUGUAGGAAUAAAGCAAGAGACUAUCCCUCUAUUAAGACCUCUGAUAAGUUUAGCGGAAAUUAUAACAAAAUUUAAUAAUGAGCCAUACGGACACUCUUUCCGAUGCCUCGAAAUGCUGUAUGACAAAACUUGUAUCUCUCAAAUAAAUGGCGAUAACGCCUUAUACAUAUUUCAUGGGAAUUUGUUUUUUAAAUGCCUGCAAAUAUAUAUCCGGCCAAUUAGGUCUUGGAUUGAAGAGGGUGAAUUACAAAAUGGGGAUUCGGAUUUUUUUGUAUCAGAAACAGCCAGUGAUAUCAGCCUACCUCUACUAUGGGAGUCUAGAUUCAAAAUUCGAAAGAUGCCUGAUGGGACUUUGUACGCUCCCAGAUUUCUCAAGCCUGCUGCCGGUCGCAUAUUUAAUACCGGCAAAAGUAUUGUGGUGUUGAAGCACCUUCAUAAAUUCGAUAUACUUCAGUCUACUACAGGACACGAUGAGCCUAAGUUAGACUUCGAUACAGUCUGUAAUCAGCCCAUAUUUCAUCUUGCACCCUUCUCGGAACUCUUUGAUAUGGCUUUUGAUGCCUGGGUUCGAAGCAAGCAUCGGCACGCCGCUUCGAUUCUCAAAAAAACACUUUUUAGUUCCUGUGGCCUUCACACCUCACUAGAUGCACUUUCUCAUAUCUACUUUCUUGCAAAUGGUAGCAUUGGCACCGAAUUCACAUCUUUUAUUUUCGAAAAUUUGGAAACUUCAAAGGCAUCUUGGAUCGAUAAAUUUGCUCUAGUCGAGCAUGCUCAGAGUACUUUCGGCUCGAUCUCAACUGUCUCAUCAGAGCGUUUAGGUAUCUCUUUACUGCCAUUGACUCAAGGAUCUGAAGACACUAGGAAAGAUCGUCUAUCCAUCAAAGCCCUAUCGAUCCUAACAAUCCAUUAUCCUCUUUCUUGGCCCAUUCAAAUAGUAGUCAGACCUACAACCAUUAUUUCUUAUCAAAGGAUCUUUACUUUUUUGUUGCAGGUCCGACGAAGCUCGUAUUUUCUCUCGCGCCAGCCAAUUCGAGUUGACUCCUUAGACCACAUAAGUCGUUCAGAUGAACGUCUUCCAUACUUUUCGUUUCGAAUGAGGUUGCUUUGGUUCACACAAACCUUAUAUCACUACUUGACCUGUCUCGUUCUUGAACCCUGUUCGCAGAAGAUGCAAGCCGAUCUCAAAAUGGCUGAAGAUGUCGAUAUGAUGAUAGAAGUCCACUCCACAUAUAUUAAAAAGUGCAUUGACCAGGCUCUUCUUUGUAGCAAGUUGGAUUUAAUUCAUGCGAAUGUCCUCAAGGUCCUGGAACUUGGAAUCAAGUUAGAGGAGAUGCGGGAAAUGAAGAUUGCUGUCAAUCGAACAAAUAUAAGUCGAAAUGUGUCGGAAGUGGAUUAUAUGUCUUUGGAUCCUGGACAUGCAAUAGAUGAUACAUAUUGCCACGAUUAUGGCACAGUUAGACAGCCUAGAAAUUUAGAAUCAUGUGGGUCAGAUGAAAAAAUCCGUCCUGCUAGCAGUAUUCACGAUACUGCAUCCUCUCCGGACGAAAGUAGUCUCGUAGAUGAGCCCUAUGCCUUACAGUUGCGGCAUUUGGAGAAAGAAUUUCAUCAUCUGGUUAAUUUUGUCUCACGCGGACUCAAAGGUGCUGCAAGAGCUGUUGGUAGUGAAGAUGCAAGGCUCUGGGAUAUAUUGGGCGAGAUGUUAGAAUGCGGAUUGACAGGAUAG